CCCUUGUCGGUGCACGAUGGGCAGCAUUCGGGUCUAUUACACCAGCGUUACAGGAUCCAGGGAGGUGAAGCAGAGGCAGUCUGAAGUCAUUCGUAUUCUGGAUGGAAAUCGUAUGAAGUACCAGCUAGUGGAUGUCUCCAUCAGUGAAAAUUUGCUACAAGAGAUGAGGGACAAAGCUGGGAAGCCAGAUGCGAUUCCGCCUCAGAUAUUUAAUGGAGAGGAGUACUGUGGGGAUUUUGAGAUGCUGUACGAAGCAACUGAAAACGAAGAAGUUAGGAAGUUCCUGAAGAUAGGACGUGUUGACAAUGUGGCAAGAGAAGAGAUUACCAUCUGAGAUGGGGCUCUACAUAGAGUUCAAAUGAUAUUAAAAUAUUGAUUAGGUUUUUUUUACUUAGACAAAUUACUUAGACAAAUUUUGUGAAUUCUGCACACCAAAAAGAU